AUGAAUACACCAGAAGAACAAAUGAAAGACGUCGGAUUCUUCGGCAUCUUCAACCACACAUUCAAAGCAAUCAUCUCACGAAGAAAACUCUUCACACAAAUCACUCUCACUCUUAUCCUCCCUCUCACACUCAUCUUCUUAGCUCACUACCAAAUCUCCAACCACUUCUUCUCCAGACUCGAAAACAGUUACAUCAUAACGUACGGGUACGACACACGCUACCGAUCCAUAACCGUCACCGAUUGGCUCCACUACUGGCUCUUCAAAAUCCUCUACUUCACUAUCCUCCUCAUCUUCUCUCUCCUCUCCACCGCCGCCGUCGUCUUCACCGUCGCCUCCGCUUACGCCGACCGUGACGUCACUUUCCGACGCCUCAUCAAAAUCGUCCCUAACAUCUGGAAAAAACUCUUCAUCACCUUCGUAUUCAUCUACUUCACUUUAUUCAUCUACAACGUGUUAACCGGCUUCGUUUUGUUCAUCUUCAGAUCUAUUUUCGGUUACACAGUUUUCGGAUCUGUUAUCAUGCUACUCAUCCUGUUAGUCUAUGUGCUAGUUUUUUUGUAUCUAUCCGUUGUGUGGCAACUGGCUAGUGUAGUUACAGUUCUGGAAAACGUCAACGGAUAUACAGCGAUGCAGAAAGGGAAACAGUUGGCGAACGGGAAGAAGGCGGUAGGGAUGGGGAUUGCGUUCGUGUUGUAUGGUUUAUUGUUAGGGUUAGUGCUUGUGUACGAAUUGUUUGUUGAGUAUGGUGAUGAUGUGGCUGGAUUAUUGAUGAUUUGGAGGGUGUUGAUUGGGGUAUUAUGUGGAGUUUUGUUUAUGAAGUUGUUUUUGGUGUUUAUUGUGGCGCAAACGGUGUUGUAUCUGGUGUGUAAGUCGUAUCAUCGAGAGGUUGUUGAUAAGGUGUGUUUGUCGACGUUUUUGAGUGGGUAUGUUGGCGAGACGGUUGUGUAUCCGAAGCCUGGUGAGGAAAUUCAGCUUGGAAGAGCUCAGCCUCAAACUCCAGCUCAAAUGGUGUAA